AGGCAUCCGAACAGCAUGGUGCGGGUAAGCGAAGAUCUAAUCCGGCGCCGUGCCGAGCACAACAACUGCGAGAUCUUCAGCCUGGAGGAGAUCUCUCUGCAUCAGCAGGACCUGGAGAGGAUAGAAUAUAUAGACAAGUGGUGCCGGGAGUUAAAGAUUCUUUAUCUGCAGAACAAUCUCAUUGGAAAAAUAGAGAAUGUGAGCAAGCUAAAGAAACUGGAGUACUUAAACCUGGCUCUGAACAACAUAGAGAAGAUCGAGAACUUGGAAGGUUGCGAAUCGUUGCAGAAAUUGGAUCUGACAGUCAAUUUUGUCGGGGACCUGUCCAGCAUUAAUAGUCUCCAGGAGAACCGUCAACUGCGAGAGUUCUAUCUGGUCGGAAACCCUUGUGCAGAAUAUGAAGGAUACAGACAGUAUGUUGUGGCAACUCUGCCACAAUUAAAGUGGUUAGAUGGCAAAGAGAUAGAGCGCUCCGAAAGGAUUCAGGCCGCGCAGGAUUAUCCCCAAGUGCAGGGCAAAAUCAAAGAGCAAGAAGAGGCGUACCUAAGGAAGAGGGCCGCGGAGAGGGAAAAGGCAACUAACAACCUACAACAGAAGCAAAAAGAAGGCAGAAAAGCACAAGAAAAAAAGCCUGGAUUUGACCGGCGCUGGUAUACAGACAUCAACAAUACCAUCCCAGACCCUGUAGAAAAAACAGACACCGUUGCUCAACUGAAUGUAGAUGAGACGGCGUUGAGAAAUGAUGAUGAGGAAGAAGAAAAAGAAUUUUGGAACCAGCCCUCGCAGUACACACCAGAAUCCAGAUUAGAAACACACCGAUACUUGGAGGAGAAGCGCAAGUCCAAAGAGAACAGAAGCGAAGAAGAACUGAAGAAGAAACCUCCGAGGACCUUAAUCACCGCCGAGGGACGUGUUUUGAAUGUCAACGAGUCGAAGCUUGAUUUCUCACUGGUGGAUGAUGAAGAAAAUAACCAGUUUGUUUUGGAUCUGGCUAUUUAUAGGCAUUUGGACACAUCUCUGCUUGAUGUUGAUGUACAACCGGGUUACAUAAAAGUGCUGGUCAAAGAAAAGCCCUUCCAGCUUGUGCUCCCUGCUGAAGUUAAGCCCGACAGCAGCGCUGCUAAGAGGUCUCAGACUACCGGUCACUUAGUAGUCACUAUGCCAAAGGCAACAGAAAUGAUUCAGACAAAAAGAGCCAAAUCCCCAGCGAUUGCAGAACGGACGUGUAAGAAUCCCCAGAAAUGCUUAAAAACACAUGAAAAGCUAGAAGUUGACCCAAAGGCUCGCUCCAUCCCGGAUGUGGCUAAUAUUGUGCAGGAGAAGAAAACCUGGGCACAGGGGCCGCUCCGGCUACACAGGAACAGCGCCAGAGAUACAGCAGACAGCGAGGACUUUAUAGAUAACGCAGAGGUUCCGCCGCUCGUAUGAUUAAACUACAGUUUAUAUUUUUGAUACUUUAAUAUAUUUCUUUAUACAAGAACCCAAGCUGUGUUUAACUUAACAACAGUGCUGCCGAGAUCCCCAUCUCCUCUGCCAGUGUAAAGGUAUAAUAAAAUAAUAGCGUCUACGGUUA